GGCGGGGGGGGAGGGGGAGCGGAUGCCCGCGAGUAACCCCGCCGCCGCCGCCAGCGCCCCGCGCGACCUUUCUCCUGCUUCGGCGGUGACGCGGCGGGCGCGCGCGCCCCCUCCCCGCGCGCGGCAAAGAUGGCGGCGCUGAGCAAGUCCAUCCCCCACAGCUGCUACGAGAUCGGGCACACCUGGCACCCGCGCUGCUCCUGGGCCGUCCUGCACGUCACGCAGGGGGCGCUGGCCGAGUCCCUCCGCAUCUACGGCACCCUCUACCUGAUAGCAGCUAUUCUCAGGAAACGAAAACUUGACUAUUAUUUGCACAAACUGCUACCUGAGAUCUUGCAAUCAACUUCCUUUCUGACAGCAAAUGGAACCUUGUAUAUUGCUUGCUUUUGCAUUCUAAGGAAGAUUCUUGGAAAGUUCUACUUUUGGUCUCCUGGCUUUGGUGCUGCUUUGCCUGCCUCUUAUAUGGCUAUUCUCAUCGAAAGGAAAAGCAGGAGAGGUCUCCUCACAAUUUACAUGGCCAAUCAAGCAACAGAAACAUUGUUCCGCAUGGCAGUAGCAAGAGGAGCUAUUACACCUUUAAGACAUGGAGAAGUCCUUUUGUUCUGCAUCACAGCUGCUCUGUUCAUGUUCUUUUUCAGGUGCAAAGAUGGCUUGAAAGGAUUUACAUACUCUGCACUAAAGUUCAUUGUGGGGAAAGAAGAAAUCCCUACUCACUCAUUUUCACCUGAAACAGCAUUUUCAAAAAUAGACAGAAAGAUAAAGCAUUGUGAAAAAAUACCACAGCCGAUGAACAUACUGGCUCUGACAAAAAAGCUCAUAGACAAAGUGUGCAAACAUGGCCCGAGGCAUAGAUGCUGUAAACACUAUGGAGAUAAUUGCAUCUCAUAUUGUAUUAAAGGCUUCAUUAGGAUGUUUAGCAUCGGUUACCUGAUCCAGUGUUGCCUUCGGAUUCCAUCCACCUUCCGGCAUCUGUUCACAGAACCAUCUCGACUAUUUUCGCUCUUCUACAACAAGGAAAAUUUCCAGCUUGGAGCUUUUCUGGGAUCUUUUGUCAGUAUAUACAAAGGUACUAGCUGCUUCCUGCGUUGGGUACGAAACCUCGACGAUGAACUUCAUGCACUUGUAGCUGGGUGUCUAGCAGGAAUUUCCAUGAUGUUUUACAAAAGUACUACUAUUUCGAUGUAUCUGGUGUCCAAAUUAGUAGAGACUAUCUACUUCAAAGGCAUUGAAGCAGGGAAGGUUCCCUAUUUUCCUCAUGCAGACAGCAUCAUCUAUGCCAUUUCUACAUCGAUAUGCUUUCAGGCAGCUGUCAUGGAAGUUCAGAACCUGAGACCUUCGUACUGGAAAUUUCUUUUAAGACUAACAAAGGGCAGGUUUGCUCUCAUGAACAGGAAAGUUUUAGAUGUAUUUGGUACUGAAGCAUCUAAGAACUUCAAGGAUUUCACACCUAAGCUUGACCCAAGAUACACUGUUGUACCACCAGAGCUACCGCUGGAGAGGUCUUGAAAACGACAGUAUAUCUUGGCAUUGAAUGUGAUCAGCGUUUUGUCCUGAAAAGUCAUAUAUAUGGAGGAGGGCUUGGGCUCCACUUCAGUAUUAUUUCAAUGAGAAAUGCUUUUUACCAAUCAAAAAUACUGAAGCUUGGUAGGAAGGUGUGGCUUAGUGAUGAAGCCCCUUCCAUAAGCAGAAAAUAUUUCUGGAUUGCUGUAGUUGGUUGACAGUAUGGUAGAUUCCUGAAUGAAUUAAACAAAUGAGUAAUAUAUUUAGAGAAGUAAAACAUAAAUAUGCAUCAUAAUUUCAAAAAUUCUGUAGUUCGUACCAGUAGAAUAUUCUUGAUAAAACUAGAAGUAACUCUUAAUUCAGAAAGGAAGACAAUUGGCCUAGUUUAGGUCCAAAAUUUUACCUGAUCUGUUGCAGUUGGGUGAAAAUACCUUCUUGGUUUUCUAAAUUGUGUUGCUGAUUUAUCUCAAAAGAGCCACCACCCACUCAUUAUUUUAUACAGCUAUGGUUGCAAAAUAAGGCAUUCCUCAGGAAAAGAAAAUGCACAAUUAAUUCAGAAAUCACAUUCCAGGGCUUUAAAUCCCACUGACAAUACGGACAAGGAAAACAAAAAGGCAGCACCGAUGACUGCUGCGCUGUGCGGAGCAGCAGGGUGUGGUGGUCAGCAUCUGCCAAGUGGAAAAUGACAAAACCGGCAGAGGAAGGAAUGAAACAUUCCAGCUUCUGAAAUGGUGCUGGAAACAGCAGACAGUUACAAAAAUAAAAAAGCCCAGUACAAAACAAAACAAAACAAAAACCCCCCUCCCAAAUAUCCUGAAAUUAAAUGUUUCUUUUUAAAGGGCUUGACGUUGUCGUGUUAGAUGGCAUUGGGUUGUUCGUCAAGCUGCAACGCCAGCCAGCAUUUCAGGCAUUUCUUUAAAAGACAACUGACCCCUGAGGUUACACUGGUACAAGAGAACAGUUUUGAUGAUCGUAUAAAUAGUAUUUUUGCCUUGUACUCGGGUGAAGAGUGGUUUUCUGUCAGUCCAUCAGCCAGCCGCAACUGAGACAGUUACAUCCAAUGUAAUGUGGUACUCAGGGCAAACGACCUACGAAAAUUCCAUCUCGUUUUUACCCUGCGUAUUUCUGUAGCUAAAGGUUUGUGUUCUAAAGCGAGACCUUGACGUGCUAACUGCUUUUUAUGCUUUUUUGUUAGAAUUCAUUCAGGUGAUGCUGAAUGGUGUCCGUUACCCUAGAACUUAAUGAAAAUAUGAACUAUUCAACUGAAAAGCGAUGAGGUAAGCCAGGGAAUGGAAACAGGAGUAGGUUGCAUGUAUAUUAAAAAGAAAGAAAGAAAAAAUCUGGUUUUUUGGAAGUCUUUGUCAGAUGAUAUGAAUUGGAGUAAUAGAAUCUUUGUCUUGUAACACUUGUAAUCCUACCCCAGCCUUAAGCAUAUUUUAAUUCCCAUUAGUUUAAUUUCUUAUUACGGAAUGUACAGUAAUUUUUAUCAGAUUUACAGAAAUGUCAUGGAAAUUGUACCAAUCUGUGCCCAAAAUCUGCUUCUUCAUCAGCUGCUGUAACAGUGAUGCUUUAUCAUUGUUACUAAAGGUGCUUCAUCCUUUAAAAGAGCAAGUCCAAGUUAGUGUGAAUAAAGUGCUGGAGGCUAGUUUGUAUGCAAUAUUUUAUUGUUUAAAAUACUAUAUUAAAAUUCCUCAAAAGGAAAUAAAAUUUAAUUCAACAAUAACUUUAAAAGGGUUGUAAUAGGUUUGUAGUGUUUUUCCACUGGAAUAUGAUCUAAAAUAUUUGACCUUGUAAAGUCUGAGAAGUUAUAUAUUUUAGGUAAUAUGUUAGAACUCACGCAUUAUAUUAUGAAUAUUUUUUAGUGUAACUAUAUACCAUUCUCAAACAUAAAGAUAUUUUAUAGAUGAUUAAUUUUCUUCACUGGAAUGACAAUUGUGAUUGUUUCUCUAUUUUAGUUAAAAAAACCCAAGUACUACAUCUCAGCAGCUAAACAACAGUUUUGUCUGUUUUCUUGCUUCUAAAAUUCACAGUCCUUGUUUUGAGUUAUUUUCAUGUAAUAUAAAAAGAAAUUUAAAAUCUUUAAAUUAUUUUUAUUCAUGUCAAGUAUAUGUAAGAGAAAAAAAUAAAUAAAGUCCUCAUGUUUUUCCCAGUAAUAAAAAGUUGCUGCUUGAAAAAGUGAA